CUUAUACGGAGCUCCAAAGGUCUUCGACGACGAUCCUUUGACACAAUCUUCACGACGAACGUACUCGUAACACCUUUUCACUAUGACGGCUGAAAUCCAGCGGUCUCUGGCGCCAGAUCAGGCUGGAUCUGCCCUGAAAUCGAGCUAUAACUUCGCUUUCGCGAACUUCCUCAAGCGCGAAUACCGCUUUGGUCUUGAUCCAGAGAGACCAGUAUGCAAGGCAUAUAUGCAAGGACAUUGUCCCAUGGGCAACAACUGUCAAGAUAAGCAUCAAGUAUCUUCGUCUUUCAACAAUCUCGUUUGCAAACAUUGGCUGCGUGGGCUUUGCAAAAAGGGCGAGACCUGCGAAUUCUUACACGAGUACAACCUCCGCCGUAUGCCUGAAUGUUCCUACUACGCAAGAACCUUAACGUGCUCAAAUGGCGACGACUGUCUCUACCUUCAUAUCGAUCCGGAAUCGAAACGCCCCCCCUGCCCUCACUACGACAGAGGCUUUUGUCCCCUCGGUCCCCACUGCGCUCUGAAACACAACAAGAAAGAUAAGCUCUGUCCCUACUACCUCGCGGGUUUUUGUCCGGAAGGCAAAUCUUGCAAGAACGGCGCACAUCCUCGCUUUCCCCUCGACCUGAAGAAACCCGAAGUGCGAGUAGAGAAAACGGCAGAAGAAUUAGAGGCAGAAAGGCUGGAGAGGGAACGGGAACGCGAGAGAGAGGAGGAAUUGAGUCAUGAUCGUGACGGAGCAACACACCAUGGAUCUCACAGAGGUCGUGGUAACUGGCAUGGAGCCGACCGCAAGAAGAGAGGAGGAGGGGGAGGAAGAGGAGGCCCAAGGCGCCGCGGCGGCUUUUGAGUGGUGCGAGCAUGCCACUGACUAGUGAAACUACAAAACAAGCAUCAUCGCGGCGGAAACCAUGCAUGGAAGUGAACACGGAGACCUUGGUAUUCCCGACUCUUUGCCUAUUGCGAUGCUCUUAGGGAUGGUGC